CUCUCUCUCUCUUUUUGUUUUUGUUUUCGUUUUCGGUUUGAUUUCUAGGGUUUGGAUUUUCUUGUGCUGGUUCUGAUUCUACUACUGAGUUGCAGCGAGUACGAAGCAACAACCAUGGGGUCGAUCCCCGAUCCUGGAGAGUUGACCGAGUUGACUCCGCCGAGCUUUGACGAGUUCCAGAGGCAGACCUCGCUGAUGACGAGCUGCACGCUCCUCUGGAGGGAGCUCUCGGACCACUUCUUGUCCUUGGAGCAAAACAUCCUGAAGAAGUCCGAGGCCCUCAGGAACAAAAUCCAGACCUUAGACCACCAGACCAAGGCCUCCCUCAACGAUCUCGAGAAGCGCGAGGUCACCAUCCAAGGCAGCGUCGAGAUCGCACUGGAGAAAGUGGAGGCGAAAACGGAGGCUGCACUCACGGCUAUCCGUAGGGCAACCCAAGAGGACGAGGACGGAGAGGUCGACAACGGCGAGGGCUUACUGCUGAGUCUGAAGUCGUUUUGCUUGAAAAUGGACGCUCUUGGGUUUUGGAGGUUCAUCACUGGGAAGAAGAAAGAGUUGGACGCGUUGAGGGCUCAGAUGCCUCUGGCUCUGGCCGAGUGCGUGGAUCCGCCGAGGUUCGUGCUGGAAUCGAUAUCGGAGGUGUUUCCGGUGGACAAGAGGGUGGAGAAGAGCGAUAGAGUGAAUGAUUUGGGCUGGGCCUGCGUUCUGGUGCUGGAGUCGCUGAUACCGGUGGUGGUGGAUCCGAUGAUCGGGAAGUCGAGGCUGCUGAUGACGCCGAGCGUGAAGGAGCGCGCCAAGGAGAUAGCCGAGACGUGGAAGGCGAGCCUGGAGGAGCGCGGUGGGAUCGAGAACGUGAAGACCCCGGACGUGCACACAUUCCUGCAGCAUUUGGUGACGUUUGGGAUAGUGAAGAAGGAGGAUGUGGAUUUGUACAGGAAGCUUGUGGUUGGGUCGGCCUGGCGGAAGCAGAUGCCCAAGCUCGCGGUGUCGCUUGGACUCGGCAAUGAAAUGCCCGAUAUGAUUAAAGAAUUAAUCAGCAGGGGACAGCAGCUAGAUGCAGUGCAUUUUGCUUACGAAGUUGGCCUUGUAGACAAGUUUCCGCCUGUUCCUCUUUUGAGAGCCUUUUUGAAGGAUGCAAAGAAGGCUGCAGCUUCUGUUUUGGAGUAUCCCAAUAGUCCUGGCCGAGCUGCGCAAUUAGCUGGACGGAAAGAGCAGUCAGCUCUCCGGGCUGUCAUAAAGUGCAUUGAAGAGUACAAACUAGAGGCUGAGUUUCCUCCGGAAAACCUUAAGAAACGCCUUGAACAGCUAGAGAAGACCAAGACAGAGAAGAGAAAACCUGUUGCAGUUCCUGCCAACAAAAGAACACGAGCCAACAAUGGUGGCCCCAUGCCUCCUGCCAAGGCUGGGCGUUUGACAAAUGCAUAUGUAUCUUCCUUCCCUGCAGCUCCUACAAUUGUCAGGUCUCCCUCUCAUGCUCAGUACCCUGCUGGCAUCUCCCCGUACCAUUCCCCGCCGACCAUGUAUGGCAGCAGAAGCCCACCAACAAAUCCUUAUGCAUAUUCGCCAGAAGCAGCCCCUCCCCCUCUUGCUGGAUCAUACACUGUAGCUCCCAUGAACUAUCCUGCAUACGGUGGCUAUGGGAAUGGCAUGGCACAAGCUUAUCAGCAGGCUUACUACCGAGAGGUCCUUCCCGAGGCGUCCGACGGGGUGUUCUUGUCUUCAUUUUGUCUCGCCGGUGGAGCGUAUUUGUGCCUAAAUUGUUUUCAACAUUUGUUGCUAGAUCUACGGCUUUCCAUCGGCUUUCUAGAGACACGCGCCGCUCAGAUGAGUUCACCAGCGUCUUCUUGUUCCGCUGCUGUUGUUUUCCGGCUGUUGGGAUCAUCUGUGACCGGCGCGUACAGUUGCUUAUGUGUGGCUCAAGUUUUACUAGAAUUUUCUUCGUUAUGGGCUGAUUGGCCGUAUAGGUUUUGCACAACUGCUCUUUAUAAGGAGAACGAAGCACCCAGACAUUCGGUACCAGCUACCAACCAUUCCAAUAGGCUUCAUCUCUCUCCAUUGUUCUCCGAUAUCAAACCCCAUUCUGGUGGUUACGAUAUAGAGCUUGUGGACCAUGAUGCUUGGCAAGUCUCGUCGGGUUUGGCACAAGCAUGGAGAGGAACGGAGGGUGCCUCGUUGGGAACAAUUUCUCAUGCGGAGGAAGUUGUUGAUGAGAAGGUUGAUUAUAGUUCCUCACAAGUUGAGAGUGAUCCGGAUUUUGAUGACAUAGAUAAUAUGAGAAUUCGUGGCAAUCUGUUCUUCAAACUUGACCGGGACUCCAAGGAGUUUGAAGAGUACAGUUUUGAUUUUCAUCGGCGGAAAUCUUCAAAGAAAAAGGAUGACAAAAAAGAAAGCAAAAAGUUGGACAAGAAGGACAACAACACAAUUCAUAGUUCGGCCUCUAGAGGUGAAAAUCUUCCCAAAAUUUUGAAUAACAAAUGUUCUAUGUCUCUUGUUGCUGAUACGGACAGUCUUUGUGUUGGGAAGAAGAAGCUGAGGACUCCUACUUUUAAUCAGCUUACGGGUCCUUACCAUGAGCCCUUUUGCCUGGACAUUUACAUAUCCAAGGCUUCUGUUCGUGCAUGCGUUGUUCACCGCCUGACGAGUAAGGUUGUUGUUGUGGCACAUUCCAUUUCUAAGGAUAUGAAGUUUGACCUGGCUUCGACUAGGAAUGCCACUGCUUGUGCUGCUGUGGGGGCAGUUCUGGCUCAGAGAGCAUUGGCUGAUGAUAUUCACGAUGUGGUUUACACGCCAAGGAAGGGCGAGAGGUUGGAGGGGAAGCUUCAGAUUGUGCUUCAGUCUUUCAUUGAUAAUGGCGUUAAUGUGAAGAGAGUUUGGUGGGGUGGUUUUGUCGAGAACGUGAAGACCCCGGACGUGCACACAUUCCUGCAGCAUUUGGUGACGUUUGGGAUAGUGAAGAAGGAGGAUGUGGAUUUGUACAGUAAGCUUGUGGUUGGGUCGGCCUGGCGGAAACAGAUGCUCAAGCUCGCAGUGUCGCUUGGACUCGGCAAUGAAAUGCCCGAUAUGAUUAAAGAAUUAAUCAGCAGGGGACAGCAGUUAGAUGCAGUGCAUUUUGCUUACGAAGUUGGCCUUGUAGACAAGUUUCCGCCUGUUCCUCUUUUGAGAGCCUUUUUGAAGGAUGCAAAGAAGACUGCAGCUUCUGUUUUGGAGUAUCUCAAUAGUCCUGGCCGAGCUGCACAAUUAGCUGGACGGAAAGAACAGUCGGCUCUCCGGGCUGUCAUAAAGUGCAUUGAAGAAUACAAACUAGAGGCUGAGUUUCCUCCGGAAAACCUUAAGAAACGCCUUGAACAGCUAGAGAAGACCAAGACAGAGAAGAGAAAACCUGUUGCAGUUCCUGCCAACAAAAGAACACGAGCCAACAAUGGUGGCCCCAUGCCUCCUGCCAAGGCUGGGCGUUUGACAAAUGCAUAUGUAUCUUCCUUCCCUGCAGCUCCUACAAUUGUCAGGUCUCCCUCUCAUGCUCAGUACCCUGCUGGCAUCUCCCCGUACCAUUCCCCGCCGACCAUGUAUGGCAGCAGAAGCCCACCAACAAAUCCUUAUGCAUAUUCGCCAGAAGCAGCCCCUCCCCCUCUUGCUGGAUCAUACACUGUAGCUCCCAUGAACUAUCCUGCAUACGGUGGCUAUGGGAAUGGCAUGGCUCCAGCUUAUCAGCAGGCUUACUACCGAUAGACAUGACUACCCUUUGAAGAUGGUAACCACUGAUAUGAUGACCCCAAAAUCUCAUUUGCUUUCUCAAUGGUUUGUCUGUAAUCACUAACCGUUUAAUGGUAGCGAUGUAUGUGUGUUAAUCUUUAACAUUUGCCAUGCUUCUUGCUGUGUCAUGGUGAGAAGUUGUAUUUCUAAUGUUGAUGAAACGUUAGUUCUAGGUGACUGUUGAAAUUAAUUAGGAUGGCCUGAAACAGCAUCAAGGACUUUUGAGGAACCACCAGUGCCGUUUAUAUAGUUGUGGAAACUGUUUACCGUUU